AUGGGCCGCUUCACCUCUACCCUCCAGAAGUGCGAGGACUUGGGGCAUCGGGGAUUGAAGGAACUACCCUGCAUCACCGCCUUCGGAACGGUGCUGGAUCGCCGUGCACAGGCUGCGCCGCCUCCCCCUCUGACGCCCGAACGAGCAUCAGGCAAGAAAAGAAAGAAUCUCGCAGCUUUUUCUCAGAGUGUCGAGAAGGUCAAAACGGGCCCGUCGGACAAAGUCGAGAACCCACCAUUAUCGAAGAGAAAGAAAAGGACCAAGGCUCGGAAGUUCAACAGAGAGCUCUUCGACCUUGCUGUUCAAGCGGCAGAGCAGAAGCGCGCCGCUUUGGUUGGAGGCUGGCGGAGUCUCGGAAGAGGGCGCAAGAGGAAGGAGAUCGACCCGAAGGACUUCGCCGAUGAGGAAGAAGGUCGCAGACGUUUUGAGCGCAGCUUCCAAGACUGGCUUCAGGAUCGCGGCCUCGAGGAUUGCCUGAGGAGGGAUGCAAGGAGGGAUCCUGCUGCCGAGCUGGGUAUUCCAAGCAGGCCUUUCAUGUACUUCACGUACAAGGCUCCGAGUGCGAAGAAGGGCCCGACUUGGGCUUGCAACGCGCGGAUAAGGCCGCGCCGUGGGUGGAAAAGGGCUUAUCAUGGGACUUGGUUCUACGGCUUGGCCAGCAUCUUGCAGCAUGGAGUGCUCUUAGAGUCAGUGAAUGAGGAUGCUGGUCAUGAGUUCUGGAAGCCAGGUCUCUACCUGACACCGAAUCUGGGGACUGCGACCUGGUAUGGCAGAGCGCAAAGAGUCUUCGAGGAUGACAUGUUUCACCGAGCCAUCGUCGAGGUGAAGUACGACCCAUUGAAAAUGAUGAUCUAUCGGGAGCGGGGUGGUGGGCAGAUCGUGGUGACGAGUGCGGCAGCUGCGAUCACCGGCAUCAUCAUUCAGCCCAACUCUCCGCCAAUGAAAGGAGAGGAGAGGAGUGACAGCUGGAAUAGACAGCUGGAGGUGUGA